AUGAUUAGUACUGAUAGCAAGGGUUUUUAUAUUGAGAACUUAGGUGAACUUAACAAAGAGCACUCUCCAUCACUACCAAUGAAUUUCCCAAAGGAAAGACUUCCCUGUAAGAUCUAUAAAAUUACUCUAACUAUUAUGAUAGCUGAAUUAUGCGAGGAGGCUUUGAUAAAAAUGUCAUUAUGCGUAUUUUAGAAUUAGUCUAAUUUAUGUGGACAAGAAAAUAGAGUCUACUAUAAUUGCAGAAAGGAGAGAGAUGCUUAAAUAUUCACUAGAAUUAAAGAGUGGGAGAUAGAAGAGAUACAAAAGAUACCUGAAUUUGAUAAAAGACAGAGUUAUUAUGAUGAAUUAGAAAUCAAAAGGGCGUAGAUAGCUAAAUAAUUUGAACGAACUCCUUCAUCAAUGCCAAAUAAGAACAAGAGAUGGAGGAUGGCUGCUGAUAUUGAAUAAUUGCAGUGGAGAAUGGAGAAUAUUAAAAGUUUUAUCAAACCAUAAAUUUGA